AUGGACUCCAGUGUGGCUCGCAAGGAAAGCAAUGACUCCUUUCCCAUCAAGAGGAAGCCGGAGGAGGAGGUCCAGUUUGUCUCUUCCAAACCUGUGAAGAAGUGCCGUGGCAGCAGAGACUCGAGAGCGGAGGCCCACCGUGGCAUCGACCCGGCCGACACAUCGAGAGUAGGUCAACCCCCCGGAGACACUCGUCCUGGCAACACCCCUAGCCAUCUCGGCCCAAGUCUGCCGGCAAGCCAGCCGCUUCAUGAAUCAAGCAACUUCAACCGCGGAGCUUCGCUGCCCAGUAUGGAGAACUACGUGUUCCCUCCGCCUCAUGACGGCAUCACAAGCCGGACCUCUCGAAGCUCUCCCAUGCUGUCUCCCAAGCAGUUGCCGCAAACUGCGCCUUCAGGCCAACCUGAUGCCCAGGUGGCCCAAUCAACAACUCCCAACGCCAACGAUGCUAAGCCGCCAGCAUUGUUUAAUGCUCCAUGGGCAGCGGCUGGCGUGCCACCCCAACCAACGUCUAUGAACCUCCACAUGACGCCCAACCAGCCGAUGGUGACCGCGUACAUCCAGCCAUCGGCCACCGAACCAUCUGCAGCUGUCCGUGAUGAGAAGCAGCAGUCGAGAACGUCCGAGAAGGUCACGGACCCGGCCCAGUGUUCCCAGCCAGCCAGUCAGCCGCGCAAGGAAAUGGGCAUGGAACACAUCCAGACCAGCCAUCAGUAUCCUUCGCAGGAGAACGACAAGUCAAUGCAAGCCACACAACCUGCCCGAACGCAGAAAGCGUGGCAGCCGGGUCAGCCCACUCCCCAAACUCCGCCGGGGCCAAUGCCUGGCACGCAGGUGCCGGCGCAACAACAUGCAAGCAACAGCAAUGGCUACGCCGUGACAACUGUCCACCCGCUGCCCACGAAGCCACCAUGUCUCGCGUGCGAGCAAAUGCGGCAACAGGCUCUGCACAACAAGACAAAUAUGUACCCGCUCAUUGGGCCAGCUUCUCACGCGCACCAUGGCUGGCACGGCCCUGAAGUCGCCCAUCUCACACAUCCCACUCACAUGCAGUCUGCGCCGUUCCCGAAUGCCGGUUUCGCCAUGAGUCCUGAUGUGUCCCAGAACCAUACACUGCACAGGCCACACCUCCUCUAUCACGGACAAGUGCCCAUGGGAUACGGCUUGACACAUACCCCAGGCCAAGGACCAUAUCCUGCUGCGGUGCAGAGAGCGUUGCCGAUAGCAGAAACGAGCGCGAGCGAGUCCGCCCCAGGGAUACCCUCUCAUAAGUUCAAUCAUAACCCUCAGCUGAACCUGUCUCCGGUGUCGACCCCUAUGUCUCAGACAGAGCGUGCCCAGUACACCCAGGGCCAAUCUGCCUCAUCUCAAACACUGGCAACACAGACAAUCUCAACAACAGCUCCUUCUCCUACCCCAGCCGCAGCCCCUGCACCUCGACCGCCGACUCCUCCGGCCCCAGAGAACCACUCGCCGAAUCUCAUCGUCGACAUCGCCGAAACAUGUGAGGCUCUGUUCCCGUGGGAUGAGGUCGCCGAGAGACACAAUGUGCCCCGCCAGAAGGUUCUCGACACGUUCGCGGCCAUCAUCCAGCUGCCUUUGAUCCGUUGUACGACCGACAAGAAGCGGCACGGGAGGCUGGCGACAAACAGGUUGAAGGAUUACACCAGGGGAAAGAACGCCAUGUGCAUCUCUUCCCCUGCGUCCCCUGCCACUCCACCUGCAUCUGCCAAGUCCGAUUCCAUCGAGAACCAGGACAACAGACCAGUUCUUCCCGGCGUCGUGGAGCUGGCCAACUCGAUGGCACCGGUUGGGUUCCCUUCGACUCUCACGAAGAAAUACCCAGGUACGUGGUGA